CAUCGGUUCAUAGAUUGAGACAAUAGUUUGUGUUUUGUAUAGUUUUUGGUCACAUAUACUAAAAAUGUCAAAACUAUUCUUAUUAUCAGCACUUUUGGGAGCCGUAGCCCUCUGUCAGGGUGCCUUUACUGAGGGCCCAUUCAGACCGGCCGUCACCCGCACUAUUGACGACUACUGCAAACACGAAGGGUUUAUCCCGGGACCCGAUCCCACC